AUCUGUUAAGAAUAUACAGUAGAUAAUGACUAUAAAUGUUUGUGCCUAGAAACAAGUCAAUGGUUGUUAUGACAAAGCAGUUAGUGAGUGUCCGGUUACCAAUUCGAAAACAACUAACUGAACUGAGUACUGAAAGCUCUGCUCUUUCUAUUUUCUCUAUUUAAGCAGAAAAUGCCCAUCAUUCUACCACAGCUUCCUGAAGUAAUGUUUUCUACCUAUGACCCCCAGUACAUCCCAGGAUAUACAACCCAAAUUCCAAAGCUUCGAAGUGAUGCUGGUUACAUAUACGGCAAUGCUACCCAAACAUCGAGCAACCAUGAACCAGGUGUACAAAGAUGUACAAACUUGCCUCUCACAGGAUGGAGAGAUAGACAAGGACCAGUCAUUUCUAUGCACUCUGGCACAAGAGACAUCCCUAGAGAGCAGGCUGAAAGCUGGAAUAUUAAAAAAGGAUAUUUUUAUCCAAUAAAAAGAAGAUAUUAUGCUACAGGAAUAAAUAACAUGUAUAAUGGAGACCUGAGGAUUUCAACUGCUAUACAAACAGUGGAAGGAAUAAAACAUGAGUUACACAGCCCUGAUCAGCUGAAGACAUUUACCUCUGACACCAGCAAGCAUUUGCGAAUGUCUCGGGAAAGUUUAAAGCAAAAAGCUACUUUUCAUGGAAGAUCUGAGCAGGAGCGCCCAUUGCCAAGGCUUUCUCCAUUUGCAGAGAAAAAUGAAAGGGAUCCUAUACCAAGUUCAUACACAACAAAUUAUAAUCAAGAACAACAAGGAAAAUUGAUUUACAGAACUGAUUCUGGAAUCCUUCCUAAUUAUGGAGGAUACAUACCUGGUCAGAUGUUUGCUAUUGGGAAGACUUGGGGAAAAACCAGUGUCAAUGCGCUUGGGAAACUAAAAGAGCAACCCUUUGUUUGGACCUCACUCCUCUGAGCUGAUCCAUUAAAUGGGAUAACAGCCAGAUCAAGGCAGACAGCACAUUAGAUUUUCACUACAAUAAUGAACCAGCUGGUAUUUAAUAUACAUGUUUGCAUGCAGGUGUGAUAUUAGAGGAAUAGCUGAUUACAUUUUGCUUAUUAGUUUCACAAAGUUUUUUACCUAGCGUUGCUUUCCUUUUCCUCCGAUUCUCACAUAAAGCAAAUACAAAAUAAAACACAUAAAGUACUGUAUUUCUUUCUGCUUUUUUUCACUAAGCAUCAGCAGGCAGAACCAAACGUUAGCAAUUAUAUAGCCUCUCAGGUUUCUCUGUGGCAUUAUUGUGUUCUUUAAUUCUAACUGUUAUAUUAUGCAACAAGGCGUCUAUCAUUCUGUUAAUAAAGAUCUGACUAAAUAAAGCAAUUGUUCUGUAUAAAUA